AUGAACAAAAGGUUAAAUGAAUACUCUUUGAAUGUUUAUCAAGUAGUUUGCUUGGUUAUUGGAUUGUGUUGUGUCUGGUGUGAUACUGUUGGGGAUUUAAAUAAGAUGGGGUCGGCUGGUCCAUCUAAAAGAAGCGGGACAAGUAGAGAUAAUCAAAUAGCAUUGCAUUUUAUUGACAUAUCCAAUGCAAUAAACGAAAUGCAAUCCUUAAGGAAUCAACAAUCAAUACGAAUAAAUGCAAUAAAGAAGUACCAACAGAACCUCAAGGAAGAAAAGCAUGAGGCUUCUGAGAACAUGAACUCAACCCAAAGCGAUUGCAGCUUCUCUGACAAAUCAAAGGAUAGAUUCAGACAGAAGAAGAUUGAGUUACUAUCUAUACUAGUCAGAGAAGAAGUAAUACAGAAAAGUGUUAAUAUAGUUGCCCAACAAAUGGACCAAUGGUUAGAGGAAAGCAAGAAUACCCAGCUGCAACUGGGAUCGCGAAUAAAGAGCCUAUGUAAGCUGGCAAAGAUAGCACAACAACUAAAACAAAUUAAGACUGACGCAAUGGGCCCACAAAGUCAAUCCCCCGAUUCAUGCAGAAGCAUACUUGAAGAUGGUAUAAUCGCAUUAGGUGUCCGAUACAAUUCCUAUGGAUUAAAAAGGCGAAUCAAAGUGAUCAUAAUAGAAGAACUAAAGAAAAUACUACCUAGGAUUGGUCUGUUAGGCCGGGACAAUAUAACUCGAGUUGUGGAUUCAGUGAUAGAUCAAUUCUUGGAACAUGAUGAACUCGAAAGCUCCAACAUCAUAUUUAGGAUAAUUAAAGAAGCGCUAGUUUGGCUUGAUAAUAAGUCUAAAGAAAUGGAAGUCAAAAGUGAAAGUAAACAGAAGCCCACAGACUCAGAACCCUCUACUUCAAGAGCACAAUCAAGCAAUCCCCAAACUAACGAAUCAGGCAUGGUUGAAGAAGCGCUAGCCCAACUUGAUAAUAAGUCUAAAGAAAUGGAAGUCAAAAGUGAAAGUAAACAGAAGCCCACAGAUCCAGAGCCCUCUACUUCAAGAACUCAAUCAAGCAAUCCCCAAACUAACGAAUCAGGCAUGGUUGAAGAAGCGCUAGCCCAACUUGAUAAUAGGUCUAAAAAGAUGAAAGUCAAAAGUGAAAGUGAAAGUAAACAGAAGCCCACAGAUCCAGAGCCCUCUACUUCAAGAACUCAAUCAAGCAAUCCCCAAACUAACAAAUCAGGCAUGGGCGGUAAACCUCAUUCAAGUAGGAGGUCUGCUGGCUAA